CUUCAAGAGGACAAGAAUACCAGAAAAAGAAAACAAAGCAACAAAAGUGCACAAGAGCCACUGAAACCGAGUGCAUCCGAGCAACAUGGAGCACACAUUCAGAGCAGUAACUCACAGCUCUGGGAUCAUAAUCUGGAGAAUCGAGAAAAUGGAGCUGGUACAAGUCCCUGAGAAGUCUUAUGGAAACUUUUAUGAGGGUGACUGCUACGUACUUCUGUCUACCCAGAAGGUGAGCAGCUCUCUCUGUUAUGAUAUCCACUACUGGAUCGGCUCACACUCCACUCAGGAUGAACAGGGUGCAGCUGCUAUUUACACCACACAGCUCGAUGAAUUUUUGGGUUCCACUCCGGUCCAGCACCGCGAGGUUCAGAACCAUGAGUCUGAUGCCUUUAGGGGCUACUUCAAACAAGGAGUAAUCUGUAAGAAAGGUGGAGUUGCAUCAGGCAUGAGGCACACUGAAACCAACAGCUACGACGUUAAGAGACUGCUUCAUGUCAAAGGGAAGAAAAGAGUGAUUGCAAAUGAGGUGGAGAUGAGCUGGAAGAGCUUCAACCUUGGAGAUGUGUUUUUGUUGGACAUUGGCAAGACCAUCGUUCAGUGGAACGGACCCAAGUGUAACAAACAGGAAAAGAUUAAAGGUAUGAUGUUGGCCAAAGACAUCCGAGACAGAGAGCGAGGAGGUCGGGCAGAGAUCCGAGUGAUCGAAGGUGAAGCAGAGAGAGACUCUCCACAGAACAUGGAGAUCCUGAAUGGUGUUCUUGGAGCAAGAAGCUCAGACCUAAAAGACGGACCUCCAGAUGAAACUGCUGACCAGGAACAGAAGUCAAAACUCACUCUCUACCAUGUGACAGAUGCUGAUGGUCAGAUGAAGAUCACAGAAGUUGCUUCCAGACCACUGGUUCAGGAUCUCCUGAACCAUGAAGACUGCUACUUCCUGGAUCAAGGAGGGAUAAAGAUGUUUGUAUGGAAGGGGAAGAAAGCAAACAAAGCUGAGAGACAGGCUUCUAUGGCCAGAGCUUUGGAGUUCAUCAAAGCUAAAAACUACCCGAUCACUACAAAUGUGGAGACAGUAAAUGACGGAGCAGAGUCAGCUCUCUUCAAGCAGCUGUUCCAGAGGUGGACUGUAAAGGACCAGACUCAAGGUCUGGGCAAAGUGCAUACAAGAGGAAAAGUGGCUCAUAUCAAACAGGAAAAGUUUGAUGCCUCUCUGAUGCACGUGAUGCAAGAGGUCGCUGCACAGGAGCGAAUGGUGGACGAUGGCUCAGGUCAAGUAGAGGUGUGGAGAGUCGAGAAUCUGGAGCUUGUCCCCGUGGACCCUCAAUGGUACGGAUACUUCUAUGGAGGAGACUGCUACCUGAUCCUCUACACGUACUUGGUUAACAACAAGAAGUACUACCUGCUCUACAUAUGGCAGGGUCGUCAUGCGACACAGGAUGAAGUUGCAGCCUCAGCAUUUCAGGCUGUGGACUUGGAUCAGAAGUAUGGUGAUGAGCCAGUUCAAGUGAGAUUAACAAUGGGCAAAGAACCAAGACACUUUCUGGCGAUGUUCAAGGGUAAAAUGGUCAUCUUUGAGGGGGGCACGUCUAGAAAAGGGCCCUCUGACCCAGAGCCACCGAAAAGGUUGUUCCAGGUCCAUGGCUUUGACCCGUCCAACACAAAAGCCAUUGAGGUUCCUGCGCUGGCCACCUCUCUGAACUCCAAUGAUGUGUUUAUACUCAAGAGCGAAUCAGCAAUCCAUCUGUGGUGUGGAAAGGGAUCAAGUGGAGACGAGAGAGCCAUGGCAAAGGAGAUGAGCUCUGUGAUUGGCCAGAACUCACGGCAACUCUCUGAGGAGAUUGUGGCCGAGGGUCAGGAGCCCAUUGAAUUCUGGGGGUUGCUUGGAGGGAAAGCUCCCUAUGCUAGUGACAAGAGAUUACAGCAGACGGUUUCUGACCACCAGCCGCGCUUGUUCGAAUGCUCCAAUAAGACGGGCCGUUUCAUUGUGACCGAGGUGACUCAGUUCACGCAGGACGACCUCAAUGAGGAUGAUGUCAUGCUGCUGGACACAUGGGACCAGUUGAUUCUCUGGAUCGGUAAAGAGACCAAUGAGGUAGAGCGUAAAGAGUCAGUGGUGACAAGCCAAGAGUACCUGCGCACCCACCCGGGCGCCAGAGACCCUGACACCCCCAUCGUCUUGAUCAAGCAGGGAUUUGAGCCGCCCACAUUCACUGGGUGGUUCACAGCCUGGGACCCCUCCAAAUGGAGUGGAGGAAAGAGCUAUGAGCAGUUGAAGAAGGAGUUGGGAGAAGAAGCAGCACCGGUUAAUGUUACAACUGAGCAGGACUGUGUUGAAAGUGAGAAAAGCUUUCAGUUUCUUCCACCUGACAACUUGGUCAACAAGCUUUCCAGCGAGCUGCCUGAAGGUGUUGACGCAACCCAGAAAGAGAAAUACCUGUCUGACUCCGACUUCAACCACGUAUUUGAGAUCACCAAAGACGACUUUGCCAGCAUGCCACAGUGGAAACAACUGAACAUGAAGAAAGAAAAGGGGAUGUUUUGAGUUACUAAGUUACUACUAUUAAAGAACUUUGUGUCAGCCCCCCUCCCCUACAAUUAAUGACUUUAAAUAAAGUCAAUCUGAUUGUCUUGUAAUUCAUAAAUUUGUUCCAAAAUUCUGUAAUACAACUCUUUAAUACUUGAUUCUUUUUAAACCUGUGCUGAUGUUGUACAAUCGACACUGAUUAAUUGUUUGUGAUAAUAUUAUUUGAACUCACAGUAUGAAAAAAUAUAAACUGUAUUGCUUA